AUGCCCAUCACCAAAUUUAACAGAAAGCACCUUACUUUGAAGCUCUUUUCAAUCCCAUGUAAGUCACACUGUUGCCCUUACUCUUCAGCUCUUUCCAAACCCUCCGCUAAUACUGAAUAUGAUAUUCAAAAUUCACAAUUUUUUAUUGAACCCCCUGUUUCCCGUAAAAUUAUUGAGCCACCCCAAGGUUCUGGUCUUGAUUUUGAAAAAGAUCCUCCAAUUCCUGAUAAAAUAUUCAGAGAUGCCCCAAAGUCGGGGUCUUACAGACGUGGUGACUCCACAUUUUAUUCCCUUAUUGAGAAUUAUGCCAAGUCUGGGGAUUUCACGUCCUUGGAGAUGGUUUUUAGUAGAAUGAAACGGGAAAGAAGAGCUUUUAUUGAGAAGAAUUUUAUUGUGGUGUUUAGAGCUUAUGGGAAAGCACACUUAACAGAAAAGGCAAUUGAGCUGUUUAGUAGAAUGGUUGAUGAAUUUCAAUGUAAACGAACGGUUAAGUCAUUUAACUCGGUUCUUAACGUGAUAAUUCAAGAAGGUUUGUAUAGUCGUGCAGUGGAGUUCUAUAAUUAUGUAAUUGUUAGCACACAGAAUAUUUCCCCUAAUGUAUUGACAUUUAAUUUAGUUGUUAAAGCAUUGUGUAAAUUAGGAUUAGUUGAUAGAGCUAUACAUGUGUUCAGGGAAAUGCCAGUUUGGAAGUCUGUGCCAGAUGUGUACACAUAUUGCACAUUGAUGGAUGGGUUGUGUAAAGUGGAUAGAAUUGAUGAGGCAGUGGCUCUGUUGGAUGAGAUGCAGAUAGAAGGAUGUUUCCCGAGCCCAGUGACAUUUAACAUCUUGAUCAAUGGGCUUUGCAAGAAGGGGGACUUGGCUCGAGCAGCAAAACUUGUGGAUAAUAUGUUUCUCAAAGGUUGUGUUCCAAAUGAAGUGACAUAUAACACUCUUAUACAUGGCUUAUGUCUCAAAGGGAAAUUGGACAAGGCAACCGAUCUUUUGGAUAGGAUGUUGUUGAAUAAAUGCAUUCCCAAUGAUGUUACGUAUGGGACUAUUAUAAAUGGACUUGUUAAGCAAGGAAGAGCUGUUGAUGGUGCACGAGUAUUGUUGGCCAUGGAGGAAAGAGGGCACAGUGCGAAUGAAUAUGUUUACUCAGCCCUAGUUAGUGGAUUGUUCAAAGCGGGAAAACCUGAACAGGCUGUGAGAAUGUGGAAGGAGAUGAUGGUAAAGGGAUGCAAGCCCAAUACAGUUGUUUAUAGUGCUCUUAUAGAUGGCUUAUGUCGGGUAGGAAAGUCAAAUGAAGCAGAAGAAGUUCUUUCUGAGAUGAUUAAAAUGGGUUGCAAACCAAAUGCUUAUACGUACAGCUCCCUCAUGAGGGGUUUCUUCGAGACUGGGAACAGUGAUAAAGCACUCAUUGUGUGGAAAGAGAUGGCUGAUGAAGAUUGUAUGGAGAACGAUGUAUGUCAAAGUGUACUUAUCAGUGGGCUGUGCAAGGAUGGGAAACUGAAAGAGGCUCUGAUGGUUUGGAAGCAUAUGUUUGGUAAAGGACAUACACCUGAUGUUGUGGCUUAUAGUUCAAUGAUUCAUGGUCUCUGCAUUGCGGGGUCAGUAGAACAGGGCUUAAAAUUAUUCAAUGAGAUGCUAUGCAAAGAGUCUGAUUCCAAACCCGAUGUAGUUACCUAUAACAUUCUUCUUAGUGCUUUGUGCAAACAGGACAGCCUUUCUCGCGCCAUUGAUCUUUUAAAUAACAUGUUGGAGCAAGGUUGUGAUCCUGACUCGGUUACAUGCAACACUUUCUUGACUACUUUAAAGGAGAAGCUAAAUCCACCACAAAAUGGUAGUGAGUUUCUGGAUGAGCUAGUGCUACGGUUAUACAAAAGGCAUCGUGUUACAGCAGCUUCCAAAAUUAUAGAAGUGAUGCUUCAUAAGUUUCUUCAUCCUAAAGCCUCCACUUGGGAAAAAAUUAUUCGUGAAUUUUGUAAACCGAAGAAGAUUCAAACAGCCAUUGACAAGUGUUGGAAUGAAUUAUUUUAG